CAUUAUGUCAAAUUGCAUGAGACUGGGGUCAAGGUCGAUUGUGGCUCCUCUCAAUGCGCAUUGAGUAAAGCGCACCGCCACACAGCACGCAACUGCGGCUGCCCAAGGACCUAUCAAGAGAUCCAAAGGAUACAGAAUCUAUAUCGGACCAGAUGCCCGGCCUGCGAGAGUGCCGCCUGGAAGAUCGUCGAGCGCGAGUCUGGGCGACAAUACUAA